ACGCGAUGAAGCCAGGAAUGGACGCCAGAACAUUAUAAUCCUUUAAUUAAAUUAGCACCUUAUUUCCAUAGGAAUACAUUAAACUGGUAUCCAUGGAAGACGUAUAAAAAGGAAGAUCGAAGACACGUCCUGGGCGCAGUCUACGCAAGCUAGUUGAUGCUGUCGAAGAUGAUAAUUUUAAUGAUAUGGAUCGCUGUGCUGCUAGCAGUACUUGGUCUAUACUUCCACCAGACUUACUCCAGAUUUAGUAAACAUGGAGUGAAACAUAUGAAAAUUGUGCCGAUGUUUGGCAACAUGUUAAGGGUUAUUUUGCGUAGAGACACUUUGGCUGACGAUUUAGACAGAAUCUACUACACUUUCACAAAAGAAAGAUUCGUUGGGAAGUAUGAAUUUAUUAAGCCUACGUUAAUUAUAAGAGAUCUUGAGCUAGUGAAAAAGAUCACUGUUAAAGAUUUUGAAUAUUUUCUUGACCACCGAGGUUUUGUGGAUGAAAAAGUUGAACCUCUAUUCGCGAGAAAUAUUUUUGUUUUAAAAGGUGAAGAAUGGAAAGAUAUGCGUUCAAUGCUAAGUCCAGCGUUUACGAGUUCAAAGAUAAAACUGAUGGUACCAUUCAUGGAAGAAGUGGGCAAGCAAAUGAUUCAGGCUAUCAACAAGAAAAUCAACGAAUCUAAUACUGGUGCCAUUGAUGUGGACUGUAAGGACUUAACUACACGCUUUUCAAACGAUGUAAUCGCAUCUUGUGCAUUUGGCCUUAAAGUAGACUCCUUUACUGAUGAGAAAAAUAAGUUCUACGAGAUGGGAAAAACUGCUACCACUUUCAAGUUGCGGCAUAUGUUAUUAUUCUGUUUUCUUGCUGCUUUUCCUUCUCUUUCAAAGAAACUGAAAGUAACAUUGUUUUCAAAAUCAACUACAGAUUACUUUAAAGAAUUGGUGCUCGGUACGAUGAGAGACAGAGAAGCGCGUAAUACCAUCAGACCUGAUAUUAUCCAUCUACUAAUGGAAGCUAAGAAAGGACAAUUAGUGCAUGAUGAUAAGGAAGAAAAUGCGAAUCAAAAAGACACUGGUUUUGCCACCGUCGAGGAAUCGUUUGUUGGCAAGAAAACGAAUAACAGAGUGUGGUCCGACAUCGAUCUCGUCGCUCAAGCAGUACUAUUCUUCAUCGCUGGUUUCGACACAAUAUCAACUGUGAUGUCGUUCGCACUACACGAACUAGCUGUUCAUCCUGAAAUUCAGGAACGUCUGGUGCAGGAGAUUAAGAAUCAUAAUUUAAAAAAUGGUGGAAAGCUGGACUUUACAUCAAUCCAGAGAUUGACGUAUUUAGACAUGGUGACGUCAGAAGUACUCCGGCUAUGGCCCCCUGGUUAUGCUUUAGAUAGAAUUUGCGUAAAAGACUAUAACAUGGGAAAACCAAACAGUGAUGCUACAGAAGACUUUAUUGUAAGAAAAGGUGAAUUAAUUGCAAUACCACUUUGGUGUUUCCAUCACGAUCCAAAACUUUUUCCUGAUCCAAUGAAGUUUUACCCCGAACGUUUUUCAGAAGAAAAUAAACAUAAUAUUAAUCCUGCAGCCUACAUGCCUUUCGGUCUUGGACCAAGAAACUGUAUAGCUUCAAGAUUCGGCCUGUGUGAGCUGAAAGUCCUUCUAUACCAAAUUAUGCUCCAUAUAGAAAUUUCUCCAUCGGUCAAAACAUGUCUACCUGCAAAGCUAUCAACCGAAUCAUUUAACCCUCGACUUGUGGGCGGGCAUUGGUUACAAUUUAAAAUUCGUAAUUAAAUACGUCAACCAUAAUAAAUAAUAAUGCUUAUUAACCACCUAUAUUGUCCAUACCAUAAAAUUCGUGGUAACUAAAUGUGGUCGAAUAAAGAUUACUACAGGAAAUGUAAACAAUCUAGACCUUAAAAGACCCGAAAAGAUG